ACUUGGUUGUUAGACAUGACAACCUUCCAUAAAACACAUUCUAUUGUCUUUCUGGUAUUUCUCGUAUCUCUACUUACAUUAAAUACCUCAGUCACAGCAUCACCAAUAUCAGAAGCACAAGAACUUGUUAAAUGGAAAAAUACUCUAUCCCUUCCUCUUCCUUCUUCACUCAAAUCAUGGUCCCUCAACAACUUUGACAAACUUUGCAGUUGGGAAGCCAUUCUUUGUGACAAAACAAACACAACAAUCACACACAUAAACCUCUCUGAUUUCUACCUAAAUGGUACUCUUGAUUCCUUGGCUUUUUCUUCUCUUCCAAACCUCACCUAUUUCAACCUCAACGGCAACAACUUCAAUGGAUCAUUGCCAUCUUCCAUUGGAAGACUCUCCAAGCUCACUUUCUUAGACUUGGGAAACAAUUAUUUUGCAGACACUUUGCCUUCAGAGCUAGGCCAGUUAAGGGAACUUCAAUAUCUCAGUUUUCACAACAACAAUUUCAUUGGCACCAUUCCCUAUCAUCUCACAAGUCUCCCCAAGGUAUGGUACCUUGACUUUGGAUCAAACUACUUUGAAUCUCAAAACUGGUCUCAAUAUUCAUGCUUGCCUUCACUAACACACCUUGACUUGGAUCUCAAUUCAUUCACCCCUGAAUUUCCAAGUUUUGUGCUCAAGUGCCACAACUUAACUUUCCUUGACCUCUCCCAAAACACUUUCAAUGCCACAAUACCAGAAUCCAUGUUCACCAAUUUGAGCAAGCUUGAGUACCUUAACCUCACAAACUGUGGUAUGCAAGGACCACUAUCAUCCAAUUUGUCCAAGCUCUCAAAUCUCAAAGAACUUCGAAUGGGAAACAACUGGUUUACUGGUCCUAUUCCGGAGAACAUAGGAUUGAUAUCCGGCCUUCAGUUUCUUGAAUUGAAUAACAUUUCAGCCCAUGGGGCAAUCCCUGCAUCCUUAGGCCAACUCAAAGAACUCCAGCAUCUUGAUCUUAGCACUAACUUUUUGAAUUCUUCAAUCCCUUUUGAACUUGGCCUAUGCAGCAAUCUAACUUUUCUUGCUUUAGCAGGCAAUACUUUGACUGGUUCUUUACCUUCAUCAUUAUCCAAUCUGACCAAACUUUUACAUUUGGGAUUAUCUGAAAAUUCUUUUUCUGGUCAAAUUUCUGCUUCAUUGAUCUCAAACUGGACCAAGUUGAUAUCUCUGCAACUCCAAAACAAUAAUUUAACAGGAAGAGUUCCUCCAGAAAUUGGCUUGCUCACAAAAAUCAAUUACCUUUUCUUGUACAAUAACACAAUGUCAGGUCCAAUACCUGUGGAGAUUGGAAACCUGAAGGAAAUGAUACAAUUAGACCUUUCAGAUAACCAUUUCUCUGGUAAGAUUCCUCUAACUAUUUGGAAUCUUACAAAUAUUACAAUCUUGAACCUUUUCUUCAAUGAGUUAUCAGGGACUAUUCCCAAGGAUAUUGGAAACUUAAAAUCACUACAAUAUUUUGAUGUCAACAACAACAAAUUAAGUGGAGAGUUACCAGAUACAAUAGCUCAACUGCCUGCUCUAGUGCAUUUUUCUGUGUUUAGCAAUAAAUUCUGGGGUAACAUUACUCAAGAAUUUGGAAAGUAUAGUCCUAAUUUGGAUACAAUCUACCUUUCAAACAACAGUUUCUCAGGAGAAUUGCCACCUGACUUGUGUAAUGGUACUGUGUUAACUAUUUUGGCAGCCAAUAACAACAGUUUUUCUGGAUCUUUGCCAAAGUCUUUGAGAAAUUGUUCAAGACUAGUUAAACUUCGGCUUGAUGUUAAUCAAUUCUCUGGUAACAUCACAGAAGCAUUUGGGGUUUAUCCAAGUCUUGAGUUUAUCUCACUCAGUGAAAAUCUUCUUGUUGGUGAGGUAUCUCCAAAGUGGGGUGAAUGUGUCAACCUGACCAGGAUGGAAAUGAGUAAAAAUAAACUUUCAGGAACAAUCCCCUCUGAGUUGAGUAAGCUGAAUGAACUGGCAUAUCUGCGUUUGGACGCCAAUGAAUUCACAGGCAAUAUCCCACCUGAAAUGGGAAAACUAACCAAGCUCUUUAUGUUGAACAUGAGCAAGAAUCAUAUGUCUGGAGAAGUCCCUCAAAGUAUUGGCAGUUUGGCUAAUCUUAAUUUUCUUGAUUUUUCAGACAACAAUUUUAUUGGAAGCAUUCCUAAAGAGCUUGGUAAUCUUCAAAGAUUAGUAAGCCUGAAUUUAAGCCAUAACAAUCAAUCAGGGGAGAUACCAUUUGAACUUGGCAAUCUGUUAUCACUCCAGAUCCUCUUGGAUCUCAGCAGCAACUCUCUUACAGGAGAAAUUCCUCAGAACCUUGAAAAGCUUGCAAAAUUGGAGGUUCUCAAUGUCUCACACAACUAUUUAUCUAGCCGAAUCCCAGAGUCUUUGGACAACAUGCUCAGCCUUGAUUCCGUUGACUUUUCUUACAAUAACUUGACUGGUCCAAUCCCAACUGAUGGUAUUUUCCAAACAGCAAAUGCUAAAUAUGAAGGAAACCCAGGUUUGUGUGGUGAGGUAAAAGGUUUACAUCCAUGCAUUACAAACAGAAACAAAUCUGGAAGAGUUAACAAAAGGGUCCUUCUUGGUGUUCUUAUACCAAUUUGUGGAUUACUACUGGGACUGAUAUGUGUUGCAAUACUUCUAUGGCGACAACACCCCAAACUCAAUGACGAAGAGUCCGAAAGCACUCAAACUAGUGAUAAAGCUCUUAGCAUUGUGUGGGGAAGGGAUGGACAAUUCACAUUCUCUGAACUUGCCAGGGCCACAGAUGAGUUCAAUGAUAGAUAUUGCAUUGGAAAGGGAGGAUUUGGAAGUGUUUACAAAGCAGAAUUAGGCACAGGUCAAGUUGUUGCUGUCAAAAGACUCAAUAUCUCGGACUCUAAUGACAUUUCACCAGUAAACCGCCGGAGCUUUGAGAAUGAGAUAAGAACACUGACAGGUGUGAGACACCGGAACAUAAUCAAGCUAUAUGGUUUUUGCUCAAGGAGGAAAGAGAUGUUCUUGGUUUAUGAAUAUGUAGAGAAAGGAAGCUUGAGAAAAGUGCUGUAUGGAGAGGAAGGAAUAUUGGAGCUAAGUUGGAAGAAGAGGAUGAAAGUUGUGCAGGGAAUAGCACAUGCACUUGCCUACUUACACACUGAUUGCUAUCCACCAGUUGUGCACAGAGAUGUAACAAUGAAUAACAUACUAUUGGACUUGGAGUUUGAACCUCGUCUUGCGGAUUUCGGCACUGCAAAGCUUUUAAGCUCUGAUGCUUCAACUUGGACCUCACUGGCUGGUUCUUAUGGCUACAUGGCUCCAGAACUAGCCCAAACAAUGAGGGUGACUGACAAGUGUGAUGUGUAUAGUUUUGGAGUGGUGGUGUUGGAGAUAAUAAUGGGAAAACACCCUGGAGAACUGUUGACAAACAUGUCCUUGUCAUGCAUGGAAGAUUCAGAGGUGCUUCUGAGGGAUGUGUUAGACCAGAGGCUGCCACCUCCAACAGGGGAAUUAGCUGAGGCAGUGGUGUUCACAGUGAGCAUAGCUUUGGCAUGCACACGUUUGGCUCCAGAGUCAAGACCCACAAUGCGUUCUGUGGCACAAGACCUAUCAGCUACUACACAGGCGUGUCUUUUGGAGCCAUUUGAGAUGAUAACAAUGAGCAAGCUUACAGGUUUCAAAAAUAAUAACUAGUCUUGCAUGAUACAAGUUUUGUAUGUAUAUAUUUUGCCUUGUAAUUAUAGGAUUAUUUAGCAUAAUUACUUGUUUUUAUCAUUAUGUAUUUCUGGGCUUAUGACAUUGUAAUUGUUCACUUGUUGUAUACAUGUAUGUAUGAAUUUCCA